AUGAAUGUACCCUUACAGGAUUCAGCAUUUACAGUCAUAAUUCCCUUUCUUCCAUAUUGCAGAGACAGAGUUUCAAAGCGAUUAAAGAAAUGGCAAAUCAUCCAAAUCUACAAGACGGACGUGAAACCGGAAGACUUUGAUUUCCAAGUCAAUGAAACUUUGUUGCUUCGGGAUGGUAAAACAGAAUCGAUUCCUGCGCAACAGACAUGCGCAGUAGUUGGAAACUCUGGAAUUCUUUCCAAUAGUUCCUGUGGGAGGAUGAUUGAUAGUCAUGAUUUUGUCUUUAGGAUGAACCUGUCUCCAUUUGGUUUUAAAUAUGGCAAGGACGUGGGAUACAAAGCUAAUAUCACGACGUUAAAUUAUUCACAACUGAAGUCUGCGGCUAAGUGUGCAAAGAAACAUUUUCCUAACAUAUCUGUUGGAUGCCAGGAUAUGUUGACAAAUUUGAAAUUGUAUAACAAUUCUGUGGUAUGGUACCCGAAAGGAGGUUCUCGUCAAGGAAACAUGAAUGUUUUAUCACGAGGAAUGAUCGAUAACUUCACUUUUAACGCCAGAUGGGCUUAUAGUCCCGCCAGCUUGUUUGGUGUCGUGCCCAGGAUUUGGAGAAAGCGAACUCCGUCUACGGGUCUUCUCAUUAUGUCAGCAGCAUCAUUAUUUUGUGAAAGGAUUACGAUGUUCGGAUUUUAUCCCUUCUCCGUCGAUGCACACAACAGAACGUUAACCUACCACUACUACGACUCGUUUCCGAUGAAUUACUCCACAAAUGCCCACAAAAUGCCAGUAGAAUUCAAAAUCUAUCGACAGUUACAGAAUCAAAGUGCCGUUGAGCUGCAGCUGGGGGAGUGCAAUUCGUAAUCAGGAGAGCAUACGUCUUUCAUGGAACAUAAUAUAGUCAACGGUUUUCACUGGCUAAUUUUCUCUGAACCAAUCCAAUUUGGUUAUUUCCGCAGCUUAUAACAACCGUCAGUAUAACUUGCUGACAAUUGUUUGCAUGAAAUGCUACACGGAAACGAAGCAGAAUAGUUGAAUUCAUAUUUUUCACAAGUUGCCAUAAAUCUUGCAAGGAAACUCCCUUAGACUUAAAAAAAAAUUCUUUCAUCACUUUUCUAGACAACUUUAUUCCAAACUGAAAUUGUUGACGCCCUCUACGUUCUUUUUGGUGCCUCGAUCAUGUACAUUCACUUUAUGGAACUUGUUGGUUUCGGAUGACUGAAAUAUAUUUAUGCAAAAUUACAAUUUGAUUCUCAGAAAUAAAUGAGACGUGCCGACACUUACUCGCUAACCUUACCUGUUUGAACGAAUACAGUGCGUUCACUAUGCUAAAAGUUAACAGUGUGAAAACAACUUCACACUUUGGACAUGUGGACAGUGUGAGUGCUCAUCUCAGUGUAUUCACAACACGCGAUAUUAAUUUUGAGAUUGUGAUACGCUUGGACUGUUAGAUCAAAUUAAACAAGACGAAGAUAACCAUAACUAUGGAUUUUUAGUGUGAGCUAGUGUCCACACUCCACAUAUGUCCGAAUCUGGUAAACACUGCAGUGUUAAAAUGUGUAAUAGUGUGAGGAAAAUUCACACUGUGGUAACAUCGACAAAUGUGUUCACAGUGUGUUCCCUGCAUGUGAAAAUUUCAUACUUUAGAAAUAUUCAUAUUUCAUAUGUGAUACGCACGGACUGUUAAAAUGUUCAAAUAUAUUAACUAUGAAGGUAAUUCAAAACUGCGUUCACCUCGAUAGGAUGGGUAUCCACGGUGUGUUUUUAGAUUCACACCAUUAAAUUACUCAAAAAUUUAAAUGGAUGGUCCAGGUUGGAAAUAUUUAGAUCCCAAUAAAAAGAGUAAGAUUCACAAAGCAAAAUGCUGAAAAUUUGAUCAAAAUCGGAUAACAAAA